CGAAAUUCCCACUUCCAGUACGAACACCACAAUGAGUGACAUCAGCGAGCACGAUGCGGCCGAGAUCAAGGCCGACGCCCCGGUCAUCGAGGACUGCAGCAACACGGACGUCGUGACCAAGUACCGCCUUGCCGCCGAGAUCGCGCAGUCGGCGCUCGAGGGCGUCAUUGGCCAGCUCGCGCCCGGCAAGAGCGUCGUCGAGCUCUGCGCCUUUGGCGAUGCCAUCAUCACGGCCCGCGCCGCCACCGUCUACAAGUCCAAGAAGGUCGAGAAGGGCAUUGCGUUCCCGACGUGCGUGAGCGUCAACGAGGUCGUGUGCCACUUUUCGCCGCUGCCCAACGAGACGACCACGAUCAAGGCCGGCGACUGGGUCAAGAUCGACUUGGGCUGCCACAUUGACGGCUACAUCGCCGUCGUCGCGCACACCGUCAUUGUGCCCGCCGCCGAGGGCGACGACCUCAUCGUCAUUGGCUCGCAGGCCGAUGUGCUCAAGUGCGCCCAGGACGCGCUUGAGCUCUGCGCCCGCUUGAUCAAGCCCGGCAACACGAACCACCAGGUCACGGAUGCCCUCGAGGCGCUCGCCGAGUCGUACGGCGUCAAGAGCCUCCACGGCACGCUCAUGCACCAGAUGAAGCGCUUCGUCAUUGACGGCAGCAAGACGAUCGCCCAGAAGCACGACCACGAGGCCAAGACGGCCAAGGUCACGUUCGAGGCCAACGAAGUCUACGCCAUCGACGUUGCCUUCACGACGGGCCUCGACAAGGCCGUCGCCUCGGAGCGCCGCACGACGGUCUUCAAGCGCCAGGUCGACAAGAGCUACCGCCUCAAGAUGAAGGCGUCGCGCUACGUGUUCAGCGAGAUCAACUCGAAGUUCCCGACGCUUCCGUUCACGAUCCGCGCUUUUGAGGACGAGUCGCAGUCGCGCAUGGGUGUUGUCGAGUGCGUCAAGCACGACCUCCUCACGCCGUUCCCGAUCCUCGAGGGCCGUGAGGGCGACCACAUUGCCCACCUCAAGGCGACGGUGCUCCUCAUGCCCAACGGCACGACCAAGAUCACGGGCCUCAGCCUCCCGCUCGAGCGCAUCAACUCGGACAAGACGGUCACGCCCGAGAUCGCCGCGAUCCUCUCGUCGUCGCUCAAGAAGAAGUCGAAGAAGAAGAAGUCGGCCAAGUCGGCCGGCGCCGCCAAGGAAGUCGAGCACGACCUCGAAUAAAUCAAUCUUUCAGCAGCAACCAUCAAUUCUGCGUGAUACGGCGUAGGUAGUAAUCUUAAAAACACGAACGACAUCAACCGUC